AUGAAAUCAGACACCCAGAAGCCGGAUUCAUCCCCGUGGGAUAAGUUGGAGGAGAUCGUAAAAGAAACGCGCCAUUUUCUCGACGAGUACGACGAAAUUGUGCUGCACAAAGACCUGUACCGUACGCUGUUCAUGUAUCACCUGACGAAUCUUCGAGAUGAGGUGAUUUUGUUGCUGAAAAAGUUUACCACCCUACCGAAAGAUAUUGCCGAGGAGAAGGAAAUCGAGUGUUGUGGUGUGAUGUACAACGAUAAAGAAGCGUUCCAUCAACACUACGAGGAUGCUCACAAUAAAAAAGUUCUUCAGUCAGCUUCGUUAUGCGAGCUAAAAAUGUCUUUAACGAAAAUUGCUUUCUUCGAACGACAUCUGAAAGAUUAUCUGUUGGGCGGCCAGGAAUCCAGCUGUGAACUUUUGCUGAACUUGCGUAGGAUAUUGAGACGGUUAGACCACACGUUAGAGUUUUAG